UACUUUCGUUGCCCCCGUCAAAAAAAAAAUGUUUCGGUCAUAUAUUCUGAUUCUGUUCACUGCCAUUUAUUCUGUCCUUAUAGCAAAGCGAACGUGUAACUUUCAUUGGGGAAUGAUUAUGGUUGUCAUUAUGGAGUAGAAUUUUCUAGAAUACUGAAAGCACAUGUGUAUGCAACAAGUAUGGGAGUUCCAAAAUGGAGUCUGAUCACGUGAUCUGACAGACAGCCAGCUUUGCCCGUCCCACUUACCGCGUGAUUUCACAAGGUCUAUUUUCACGGAGACCACUGAUGCAGGCAAAGGCCGCCAUUUGACAUACGACGGACAAAACUAAUUCUAAGAGAUUCUGAACCAUCAAAAUGUCUUGGGACUCUUACAUCGACAACUUGCUUGCCCAAAGCAAGGAUGCAUCUGGAACUGCUCAUGCAGACAAGGCAUGCAUUAUAGGAAUCGAUGGAGGUGCUCCAUGGACCACUGAUAGUCAUGGGUGUGCAUUGAAACUUCAAGGGACUGAAGGAGCCGAAAUUGCAAAAUGUUUUAAAGCCAAGGAUUUUACACAACUCAUGGCUAACGGUGUUAAAGCUGAGGGUAAAAAAUAUCAGUUUCUUCGGGAAGAAGAUCAAAAAAUUGUUAUGUGUAAAAAGAAAGGAGAAGGUGCAUUAACAAUCCAAUGCUCGAAGACAGCACUUGUUGUUGGACAUUGCCCGGAGGGAGGUCAGCAGGGUAAUACUAAUAAGGGAGUGGCAGUGAUCGCAGAAUAUCUUGAGAGUAUGAAUAUGUGAUUACAUCUGAGAAAUUCCUGAUCGCUGUUAGUACGCGUUAACCAUAUGAUGAUGCUGAACUCAUCUAAAGAAGUAAUCAUUUUGCACACAAAUUUAACUUUUAUCUCUAUAAUUAUUAUUCAUUCUGUAUUUGAAGUUCACAAAAGUUACCAACUGAUAUGAUUUUCUAGAAGAGGAAUACUUUCUUAGAUGUUGCUGGCUGAAUAGGAACUUUGAGGACUGAUUGCUCCUGCUUCGGUAAAUGGAAAUAUGUGAACUGCAAAUCGGCAAAUAAUGUAUAUUGACUUUAGAAACUCUUCAAGUUCAGCUGCUUAAUAAACUCCUUAUGCUGUCAAAUGUA